AUGUUGCUAAAAGUUUUUCUUCUCAUAUGGCUACUUUUCACAUCAACGAUAAAUUUGCCAUCGACCGCUUCACAAAAGUCUAGUGAUCAAAGUAUUUCGUUUAAUCAGCCGAAAUUCUGCUUGUUUCCAUCUUGGAAUCCUGCAGCUAUUACUUUAGCUGGCAAGGAAAUAGUUGGUGCAUCGCCUCGUGGAAUCUUUAUCGACCAAAACAACACUAUCUAUGUUGCUGGGCAGGAAAAACAUGAAGUGAUUGUAUGGUUUAACAGUGACACCGAACCAUCGGCAAUCAAAUUCAAACACUCAUUUAAUCCAAUGAGUCUCUUCGUCAUGGCUAAUGGAGAUAUUUAUAUUGAGAAUGGUGUAAACAAUACAGUGAGGGUUUGGUCAGAAAAUGAAGAAAGUAAUAUUACACUAUCCAACGUUAAUGAAGCCUGCUUUGGUUUAUUCGUUGAUAUCGUAAAAAACCUGUAUUUUACUGUCCGUGAGAAACAUCAAGUAAUAAGACAAUCGCUUACUGCUGGAGCCAAUGUAUCAGUUGUCGUGGCGGGCACUGGACAACGAGGAGCAAGCGCUCAAAUGUUGUACUGGCCUCGUGGAAUUUUCGUUAAUAAUAAGCUUGAUCUCUACGUAGCUGACUGCGGUAACAACCGAGUUCAACUGUUUACAGAUGGCAAUAAAACUGGUGUGACAGUAGCUGGAAAAGAAGCAAAGGACACUAUUGAACUCUAUUGGCCAACUGGAGUCCUAUUGGAUGCAAAUGGAUACUUAUACGUAGUCGACGAAGGCAAUCAUCGAAUAGUCGGUUCAGGGCCGUAUGGAUUUCGAUGUCUAGUGGGAUGUUAUGGUGCGGCAGGUUCAAGUUCGUUUCAACUAAACCGUCCAGAGUCCUUAGCAUUUGACAGUCACGGCAAUAUGUUUGUUACUGAUCGAGAGAACCAUCGGGUUCAAAAAUUUCUAAUACAAUCCAACUCUUGUAUGCCGAUCUAUAAUCAACCGAAGUUCUGUCCAUCGACGUCUUGGACAGAAAACGCUACAACUUUGAUGAUUGGCCAUAAUGGAUCUUUUGCAAUUUUUGUUACUAACAAUAAUAGUAUUUACGUGACUAACGUUGUAAAGAAUUGGAUAGAAUUAUGGACAAAUGAGGGUUCGAUGUCAACGAUAUUGAAUCGUGGUGAAUUGAAUCAGCCAUUCAGUGUCUUUGUAACGACUAAUUUUGACAUAGUUGUGGACAAUGGUAAGAAGAAUCGUAUCGAAUUGUGGACACAGAGUGGAACAUAUAGCAUUCAAUUGUUGCAGUACAAUGACUCUUGUUUUGGACUUUUCGUCGAUGUGAAUGAUAACAUCUAUUGUUCUAUUCAGUGGAAGCAUCAAGUAAUUAGAAAUUCAUUGUACAAGAGCACUGUUAAUUGGACGAUGGCAGCAGGCAAUGGUUCUCCUGGAUUUACUUCUGAUAGGCUCACACAUCCGCGAGGAAUUUUUGUCGAUACUAAGCUAAAUCUGCUCACACAUCCGCGAGGAAUUUUUGUCGAUACUAAGCUCAAUCUGUAUGUGGCCGACUCCGAAAAUCAUAGGAUUCAAUGUUUUCAGAGAGGAAAUAAAAUCGGUCAAACUGUUCUAGGCAAUGAAACUAUUGAAGAAACUACAUUGAAUACGCCCUCAGGAGUCAUUGUAGACUUCGAUGGAUAUUUAUUCGUUGUGGACUCUGGUAAUGCUCGCAUUAUUGGUAGUGGACCAAAUGGUUUUCGAUGUUUAGUGGGAUGCUCGGGUAAAAGUGGUUCCAAACCAAACGAAUUAAACGGGUCAAUAACAAUAAGUUUCGACAGUUAUGGUAACUUAUUUGUCGUUGAUCGAAAUAAUGCGCGCCUUCAAAAGUUUACGCUAACUACGAACUCUUGUCAUGAGCAUUCUUAUCAUACGAACACGACUACUGAUAUAAUCACUACGUCGGAAACACUUUUAAUGACAAAUACUGAAUCGUCGUUUAUUUUCAUCGCAUCCCCUUGUAAUGAUUCGACAUACAUUGGCCCUAACUGUAGUAUUCCUAAUCAUAUCUGUAACAUAUCGAAUCCAUGUCAAAACAAUGGCACUUGCAAUAUCAACACAACAAAUCAUCACGGUUACGACUGUUCUUGCCAGAUCGGCUUCAAUGGUACAACUUGUGAAAUCGAUCGUCGGCCUUGCAAAUCAUACACUUGUUUGUAUCAUGGUAAUCUAUUUCUCUAUUUACAUUUCAUCAACAUGGAUCACUGUUUUUGUCGUUUGUUAGGUAAAUGUAAUCAGACAUCAGAUACAACAUUUCAUUGUGAAUGUGAUGACGGAUGGCAAGGUAUUCAUUGUGAAUCGAUGACGAACUAUUGUCAUAAUAUUACAUGUUCAAACAACGGAGUAUGCCGACCAUUACUACGAAGUUAUAAAUGCGAAUGUUUGGGUAGUAGCUACUCAGGCCGUCAUUGUGAAACUGCUUCAAAGAAGAUCGUUAUAUUUAAAAUUGUAUCGAAAUCAUUUGCAUACAUUGCGGUUAUCGCUCUAGGAUGUGUUGCAGCAUUUGUAAUUAUAAUGGACAUAUUGAGAUAUGGAUUUGGUAUUGAUCCUGUUCGUGAAGAACGAGUACAAAUACGACGUGCUAGGCUCGCGCAGCGACGACGAAGACGCCCUCUUAUCGAACGGUUCGUCUAUGUUAAUGCGCCAAGGAAUCCGAUUAUCAAGAUUGAAGACACAACGAAUUCUUAG